CAUGACACAAAAUCAAUGAAGACUCAUCCCAAACGUAUGCACACCAACGGCCAAACUAUGGUGAAAUCCAAUGGAAUCGAACAUUUUACCGAAGUUGCUAGAUGAUUGCCUGAAAUAAAAAGAAUGCACAGCAACACCAUUUAAUCAUGUUCAAAGUGUUCAUUUGAUUUGUUGUUUUUAUUUUUUGCUCGUUCGCCUUUUAAUUGCAUUCAAUACAAAUGAAUUGCGUGAACCAAGCCUAAGUGCUAAAGUGCGAUAAAAAAAGAGAACACACGAAUUCGUUUGUUGUUUUUAUUUUGUGAUUGCUGUGUCGUAUGGAAUCAGGUUAAAUAGAUAUGGAAAUUUUCGUAUGGAUUGUGUGAGUGCGACAACGAUAAUAACCGAAUCGUGUGUGAACGUAAGACCGGAUCUAUUUGAAAGUACCGAAAGAGAAUGAAUGUGUCAAUACCAUGUGUUCAGUUAAGAAAGACAGCAAUCAAACAUACGCAUAACAAAUCACGCGCUCUCGCUCGCGAAUUUUCCAUAUAACAUUUCAGUCAAUCACUAAAAUAGACCAGCAUUUUCGAUCAGAACUCGUUCGAACACUCAACUUCAAUGUGCAAUACAAUGAAAACAAAAUAGUUGUAGUUCCUUCAAACGAUCAGAAAUAUUUAGGUCUUUUGUAUUGUAUAAACAUUAGGGGAUGUCGCUGAGCUCUUCAGCGUGAAAUCGUUUAUGGAUAUCAAAAUAAUUUGAAAUCAUGCCACAUUGUAGCUGAAAUUUAUCCAUUUUAGCGAGUGCAUUUUAGUCCCGAUUUGCUAACGGCGUGCCAGCCGACGGUGGAAUUUGCCAAUAUAUAAUGAUAAGCUUAGCAUUUCAAAAGUGUUGAUAAAUCCAGUCAUUUCGUCCGAUUGCAACUCUUUUUUUUCUCUAAACAAGUGGUUGCAUAUCUAAUCAAACAAAGUUUUUAAUUAAAAAGGGAAUGGGUACAACCGAAGCGAAGUGAAAAUAAAACAAAUUCGUCCAAACCGCGAUUAACGGUGUACAUGUCAAGUGUUUUUAAUGCAUUCGAACCGCUUGAUAACGAAUCCAUCAGACCUUGAACGCAAAAAAACGAAACGUCAACGAUAAUAAUUAGCAGCAACGAAAUAAUUGUUAAAUUGGAAUCAACUGCGUCCGGGAUUGUCCCCAUACAAAACAUACACACAAUGGAUGAAAUUAAAGUCAAGCGCAAAGCAAUGCCAUGGUUUGGCAUGGACAUAGGCGGAACCCUAACUAAACUGGUUUAUUUUGAGCCAAAAGAUCACACACCCGAUGAACUCGAUCAAGAAGCGGAAACAUUAAGCAAUAUUCGGCGGUAUUUGACAAAAAAUUCGGCAUAUGGCAAAACUGGCCAUCGAGACAUCCAUUUACAGAUGGACGACGUUCAUAUCCGGGGGCGACGUGGAUCAUUGCACUUCAUUCGAUUUCCAACGUCUGAAAUGGGAAAUUUUCUUCAAUUGGCCAAAUCCAAAGGAAUGGCACAACUAGUAACCACCGUGUGCGCAACAGGCGGCGGUGCAUUCAAAUUCGAACAAAACUUCAAAGAUGAAGUAAACAUGAACUUGGCCAAAUUUGAUGAACUAGAUGUUCUUAUCAAGGGCAUUUUAUUUGCUGAAACACAUAAUCCAACCGAAUGCUAUUACUUUGAAAAUGCCAGCAAAAUAGAGUCGAGUGUAAAGAAGCGAUAUGAUUUCUCGCAGCCUUAUCCAUUCAUUCUGGUGAAUGUGGGCAGUGGCGUUUCCGUGCUGGCUGUUUAUGGGCCAUCAAAUUAUAAACGCAUAUCGGGUACAAGUUUGGGAGGCGGUACGUUCUUAGGUUUGUGCUGUUUGUUAACUGGCUGUGAUACAUUUGAGGAGGCGAUACAGUUGGCAACAAAAGGUGAUCAUAAAAAUGUGGACAAAUUGGUGCGAGAUAUUUAUGGCGGUGAUUAUGAGCGAUUUGGUUUACCCGGUGACUUGGUUGCUUCAAGUUUCGGUCAAAUGAACGGAAAAGAGCGAAGAAGUAGCGUUUCGAAGGAAGAUCUGGCGAAUGCAACCCUUGUCACAAUAACGAACAAUAUUGGUUCGAUAGCCAAAUUGUGCGCAAUGAAUCAAGAAAUUGAAAAGGUUGUGUUUGUUGGCAAUUUCUUGCGAGUGAAUCCAAUUUCAAUGAAAUUAUUAGCCUAUGCAAUGGAUUACUGGUCGCAUGGCACGCUAAAGGCUUUGUUUUUAGAGCAUGAAGGAUACUUCGGCGCAAUGGGCUGCCUGUUACAAUUCAACGGUGAACUCAGUGAUAUUGACGGUACAAUUGUCGAAAACGACACAGAAUCAACCUCAACAUCGAACCAGCAUCCAUCUACUUCAGAGGAUCUUGAAUAGAAGAAGGAAAAGAAAAUCUUACUUGCUCACACUGUAAACUAUAUACCAUCAUCUAUCUAAACAAUUAAAUUGCGAUUCUGUACAUAAUGGAUACGAAAAAAAAGAAAAAAAUUUGCUUAGUUUAUAAGAGGGCGCACAGUUAACACACAACUGCACAUAUUCAUUAUGAAUUGUAGAUUUAGUUAAUGCCUAAAACGAUUUUUUGUUGCAAUAUUUUGUAAAAAAAACCGAUAUCGAAACAAGAUUCAAGGGCUUAACAGCUCUGGCAAAUUGCAAAUUUGUUAAUAUAAUUAUUAAAUAUUUUGAAAAAAAUUUCUAAUUUUAUUACAUUUUUUCCGUAUCUCUUCAAUAAAAUCAUUGAAAAAGUUGAAUGUCAUUAAUUUAAUAAGCAUAAGCCUUUGUUUUUAUUGAUUAAAUUGGUAAAAAGCCAAUUGAUAAAAUAUCAAUUUUUAUUGAAGGAAAAAAACACGAUUGAAUUUUUUCAGUAAAAAUCAAUUUCAAAUGGAUAUUUCGAAAUUUAGUUUCGAAACGGGAAAUUAUUUGUUACAUAUUAAAUUAUUGAAAAUUGUAUAUGUCAUACAAUAUGAGGAAACCAUGUUUAUAUGAUGUGACAGAAAAAUAUACAUUUUUCAAACAAUUCACUUCCAUUAAUAUAAUACACAUUUUCUUGAGAGAAAAAAACGAUGCACAAAAUUCAAUUAUUGCUAUUUUUUAUCUCUUCUGCAAAGAUUAUUUGAAAAUUUGGAAGCCAACCUUUUUUAGAUGGUGUUGAUACCUACCAUGAUUCAAUGAUAAUGAAUAAGAACCUGCUGUGAAGAAUAAAAUUGGGCUUCUUUUGUGCACACACAUCGUGCAUACGAAUGUUUUUUUUUUACUUCUAUUUUGUUCAAAUAUAUGAUGAAAAAAAUAAAUGUUCAACAAUGCCAACGGUGGUUUGAGAACAUUGAUGUAUGUUAUUUCCCAGAUUUGUUUUCAAAAUAGCAAAUUUGAUUACCAUCGAAUAGUGUCGGCGAUUUUAAAUAGAUAGGAAUUAUUAACUAAAUUUGACGAGAAUAUUUGUAUGCGAUUUGAUUUAUAGUUCCAUGUUUGAAAAUUAUGUCGAAAUUACAUACGAUAAAUCCAUGAAAUCAGACGGCUAUGCAAAAAUAUCGCAGCAUGGUUUAUAAAAAAACAGCAGCUGGAUUCAAUACAAAUCGCUAAAUUUCAAGGCAAAGCCGAACAACUACCGAAAUAAAUUGAAAACGAUAUACAGAAAUUCGAACGCCAACAAACAAACACAUACACACACACACAUAUUUUUAUUUCAGCAUAAAUGCACUUGAUAUAUUAUUUGGUUGAAUAUUUUAAGGGUUUAUUUUAGAUUAAAAAAGAAGUCUAUAUUCAGAAAGUAUUUUUGUUGAACAUUGAAUUUGUACAAAUAUGCAUACUGUAAUAUCAAAUCAUUUUUCCAAAUAUUUAGAAAAAAAAAAAUUAAUUUGUAAAAGCCAAAAUAAAAAAGCAAAACAAUUUAACGAACGGUUUGAACGAAACAAAAAAGCACGAUAUAUAAUUUUAUUUCGUUCAAUCGAUCCGAAUUUCAGAAUGGUUUAGUCGAAUGUUUUAAAAGUCGAUUUUUUUGCUUUCUCAUCGAAUAAAUUUAUUUCUUGAAAACAAAAA